AGGGCCUGGGCUGGCAUCAAACUGUAAUCCUCCUGAUAUUUGCUUCCUGAGUAGCUAGAAUUACAGGUGUGAGACACCAGUGCCCAGCCAGGUUUUAGAGUUUCAACUUGAGGUGAGGCAGCAUCCCUUCUUUGGUGUAACUUGUCUCUUGCCUGGCAGGUCUGUGCGAGAACGCGAGAAUCAUCAUCGAAAAAGUGCCAGCUCCUGUGAUGUCUCAUCCAGCCCUUCCCUGCCGAGCCGUACACUGCCCACUGAGGAAGUGAGGAGCCAGGCUUCUGAUGACAGCUCCCUGGGCAAGAGUGCUAAUAUCUUAAUGAUCCCACACCCCCACCUGCAUCAGUAUGAAGUCAGCAGCUCCUUGGGCUACACCAGUACACGAGAUGUCCUGGAGAACAUGAUGGAGCCACCCCAGCGAGACUCCAGUGCUCCCGGGAGGUUCCACGUGGGCAGUGCAGAGUCCAUGCUCCAUGUCCGACCUGGUGGAUACACGCCCCAGCGAGCACUCAUUAACCCUUUUGCUCCCUCACGGAUGCCCAUGAAGCUCACAUCCAACAGAAGGCGUUGGAUGCACACCUUUCCUGUGGGACCAUCUGGAGAAGCCAUCCAGAUCCAUCACCAAACCAGGCAGAAUAUGGUGGAGCUGCAGGGCAGCGGGCAGAGGGACCCAACUCACUCCUCUGCAGAGCUCUUGGAGUUAGCGUAUCAUGAAGCUGCUGGAAGGCACAGCACUUCCCGCCAGCCUGGUGAUGGCGUGUCCUUCAUGAACUUGAGUGGAACGGAAGAGCUUUCUGUCAGCCUGGUCAGCAACAGUGGUGCAGGUAACUCAUCCAAGAGGUAAAAGAGUUGGGAUGUUCAGAGUAGGUUCAUAUUUAGAA